AUGGACCAGUGGUCUUUGAAGUUUAACCAGUUUAUCCUUGAAGAAAUUGUCAAAGCGGGUAAUGAUAGACCAGUGGUCUUUGAAGUAACCAGCUUAACAUGGAAGGUCAUUAUACCGAGUUAUCGAGUUAUCGGCGUUUGUCUGUGGCUUUAUAAUAACCGGUUUCCAGUCUAUCCAGCUUUGUUUUCCUGUGAAGAAAUUGUCAAAGCGGGUAAUGAUGGACAGGUGGUCUUUAAAGUUCAACCAGUCUAUCCAGCUUUAUUUUCCUGUGAAGAAAUUGUCAAAGCGAGUAAUGAUGGACCAGUGGUCUUUGAAGUUAGCUUUAAAGGUCAUUAUACCGAGUUAUAUUGGGAUUUAAGGGCUUCAUUUUAUCCUGCCUGCACUUUUUUUGGUUUUACUCGGUAUUAG